AUGCCUAUCACGGUGGUUCCGAUCAGGCUCCACAUGCGACAGCUCAUUGGCACCGCUGCUGCCAUCCCGCCGGGUGCUGAACAAGCUCUCCCUGGCUCUCUGUAUGUACCAAUGAGCGAUGUCACAAUGGUCAUUGACCACAACGACGGCGCCAAUGAUGUCUUGUUCGCCUAUUUGGAUCCGGGUGAGGCCAAGUGCCAAUGUCAAAGGCGUUAUGUCACUUUGACGGCUGCCGGUAGUGUGCUUCCUACGGCUCGAGCUUGGUCGUUCGAUUCUAGAUGGGUCCGGUACUCUGUUUCCCGGACGCUCGAACUUCUCCAUCGUGUUCCUUGCAGUUUACACACGAUUCGUGGAAUUGUUUACUUUGCCUUCUCCAUGGUCCUGAGUCGUGCAACUGUGCCUCAGCUUUAA